GAACACGUCGCCUGCUGGUGCCUGUGGUGCCAGUCAGCCAGGCUGGUGCUCGUUUCUUUUGAUUUUAGUUUGCAGGUGUUCGUGUUUCGAGCGUGAUCCUGACGUGCAUCUGUCAACGUAACUUCCUAAAAUUUGCUGCAAUCUUGAGUAAAUUUGGGUUGGCGAUAAGAUGAGAUAAGCCGCUCAGCAAAAUGUCGAGCCAAAACGAGGAGACUGUGUUUGCAUCUGGCAAACUAAUAUUCCCAAAGCCAAAAGAAGACAAAAUUGAUACCCUUGAAUUCCUCGAGGCAGCUAAAGGGGUUGUCACACUAAUUGAUCUCUUUGGCACUAUUUUCUCUGUCGUGAAAUUGGAUAUGAAUGGGAACAUAACGAAACUCACAAAGCAGUAUCAAAAGAGUCCCUCGAAUCACUCAACCCUUCAUGAUAUGAUUAUUGCUGAAAAGCAGCAGGGAGGAAUCUUUGCAACAGAUGCACUUCUUUGGUUAAAAAGAGCACUCCAUUUCUUCCAAGUGUUUUUGGAGGCUAUUCUUAAAGACUCAGAGAAUGGUGAAAAGGUAGAGAAUGUUUCACCCCAUCUGACCGUUGCCUAUCAAACCACUCUUGAGAGAUACCACAAUUUCAUCAUUCGAAAAACUUUUGGCUUCCUGUGUAGCAAAUGUCCAAACAGAAGUAAAUUAGUGCUGACCAUGUCAAAGGGAGUGGAAGGUCGUGAGGAAGCUGUUAUCCGUGACCUGGCUCCUGUGGUUACCAGCCUGAAACAAACAAUUGCCAUCAUUGACCAACUUUACCUGGACAAUGAACUUGACUUGGAGGCCGGUGCGUAAUUUUACGAACUCACUUCGGAAUGUGUCAUUUUAAUUUUUGUUAAAUAUUUCUAAUAUCGGGACCCAUUUUAACUUAAAGAAAAGUAAUUUCUGUUGCAUUUCGUCUAAUUUUAUCAAAUUUUUAGAUGUUAUAAAAUUAUUAACUUAGUAAGUGCUGGGAUAAUAUUUUUAAACCUGCAGCUAUUUAUAUAAUCUAGCUCAAAAUUAAAAUAAUUGCCAAAUUGAGGAGUAGCCAAAUGAAAUCAGGGUAUUUUUAUAAAAUGGUGCAUAAUGCAAAACUCAGCUGUUUUCGCUGAUAUGGCUAAAUGUGAUUUUGGCAGAUAAGGCCAUGCAAGGAGUGCCUGAAAAUUGAAAGCUUGUCCACCUUUGUGCAUGAAGCUCAUUUGUUAUUCAUUUGAAUUUUGCGAGUGCAAAAAAAUCAAAACCUGUGCUUCUUAUAUUUCCCUUUACACUGUGCAGUCUCACGUAUUGUUGCUGACCACAAUUAGUGUUAUAGUUGUUCAAAUGAAGAGGUUGUUAACUAAUUUAAAGUUUAUCACUCGGACAGAUUGUUCAAUCAAUAAAAAUGACAUUUUCACUA